GUGGUUUUUCCUUCAAUACUGUAGAUGUUUUUUCCACUUGCUUUUGAAUGAGUUAUUGUAGUGUACAGAUGCAGACUCAGACAAAGUUGGAUUUGAUGUGCUGGUGACUCAGGGAUUUUGUUAUCAUGGACAGUGACUGCUUAUCUUUGCUACCAGCGGUCUGUCUGGUACUGGCCGACCCGAAGCAGUCUCCACCUGAUGACACCUCGUUAGAGAAACUGCUCGAUUGGUUCAAAGAGCUGCACAGCCAGAGUAAUGAACAGGUGCUUUUGCGAAAUCAGCCGUGCCUCAAGGAGUUCAUUUCCAGUGUUUGUACGUCUAAAACUACAGAUCCUGUUAUCCUGUCUUUCACCCUCAAACUCACUGGACUUUUGGCUGGCACCAAGCAAGGUUUCCACUUGCUUGAGGAGGGAGGUCUUUUGGUGUCUGUGUUUGAGCGGGAAGCCUGGUUUGUGUGUGAUCUUUGGGAGGAUGCCUCAGUUCGCAGUGGCUGGCUGCAGGGACUGUUGAAUAUGCUGAAACACCGGCAAGCUCUGGACUUCAUCUGUGGAAACGGACUCAUCAAAGUCAUUCUCCAGCUGCAGAACGACGGGAGUCUGUUUGUUGCCUGUCUGGCUAAUCAGCUUUUAGUGCACAUCCUAAACUUCCUCUCAUCAUCAAACAUGACCAAUGGCAGUGAUGCUAUGGGAUCAAGUGAAUCAUCUUUCAGCUCUGAUUGGGUCUCGGUCUCCUCAGAGAUUAUGAAUGGCGUGGUGGAGGCGUUGAGCUCAAAUGAUCAUCCUCGAGUCCUCCAGGGCUUACGGCUUUUGUCAUCAGUUCCCUCUCAGUGUGGAGAGCCUAUCAGAAGCACGCUAUGGAAAGAUGUGCUAGUACCUCUGGAAGUCUUGAUCAACAGGGGAUCUGAAUCAUUGACUCAGCCUCUGAUGACUGUUCUUCAAGCUGCUGUAAGGACGCCUCUGCUCGGACAAUCGGAGUAUAAAGUGGAGGAAUUAUUGGAAGCCAUGUUGGGUUCUGGAAGCAAAAAUGAGAGUUUUCAGUGUGCUGCACUUAUCAUAAAGCUGGAGAAAUGUCCUGAGGUUUUAAAGAGGAAGGCCAUUGAUAUCGUCUUGCUCCCCCUGCAGUGUGUGUCAGCACAGUCUCAAGACACUGCAGAAAAGAUGAAUUUAGCCCUAAAGGAACAGCUAUCCCAGAAAGCCUCAUGUAUUUCCCACCUCAUGCAGAGUUUAUCAAGUCUAGAAGAGCUGGCAUACACAAAAUACCAGUUUGAAGGCAUUUCCAUUCACUCGGUCACCAGGUCUGUGGUGUUGCUUCUGAGGAUUUGCUCUGGGCAUUGCCCCUCCUCUUUGAUUCAAAAUAAUGCCUCCACCCAUCUGAUUGGCUGCUGCAAGGUUCAGAGGUGUGGCCUAGAUACAUUAGGUGCUCUCAGCGUGUAUGAAGAAAAUUUGAAUAUAAGGAAGGACAUAUUUGGUGUCCUCUUGGACUAUCUAAAGAGUCCAGAUUCCCAUGCUACAGUCUUGAAGAAAACAUAUCAGGCCACUAUGAGCUGGAUUGCGGUGUGUUCGCCCUUCCCUGAUCUCCUGGAGUUUAUCAGCCAUGACCUCUUUCCCGUAUUGAAGAAACGGAUGUGUGAUUUGCGAUGGGAGGUGAGAGACUCCACACUAGAGUUCAUCACCCAGCUGACUGUUGCCCUCAACGGUACCAGUGGUUUCAUUGAAGCUCUCCACACCAGCGGCAUGGUCUCCAUUCUCCUCUCUUCACUGGCAGAUUCAGAAGGCUAUGUAAGAGCUAGUGCUGUGGCUGUCGUCGGGGAGGCAGUUACCUCUUCUCUCCAUCAGACGGUGCUUGUGAGCAACAGCAACCUGCUGGAGGAGGCUUUGACGCAGAUGAUGACCAUUCUCUCUCAGGACACGGAGGGCUUCCCGCGUAGAGCAGUGGUCAAAGCCUUCACAUCAUGGCUGAAAGGAUCACACCUCGUAACAGCUGUGCACCCGUUCCUGAGCUCUGUCCUGUCACUGGGAUGCAACGAUUUCGACUGGGAAGUGAAAAUGCACACACUGGAGCUGGCAGAAGUGUUGAUGGAGAAGACACUGACCUGCUGUCCAUACGCAAUCCAAAACUUUGGUUCCUCUGAAAAGACGCACUUGAUGCAGGCCUUGAGCAAACUGAAAGAAUUUGGGCUGUUUGACUUGCUUUUUAACAGCUUGUUUGACUGCGACAGACCCGUGUGUGAGAGAGCCUGUGCACUCUUGCUCAAACUCAGAACACUUACAUCUGAGAGCGCAGACUUCGAUUCCACUCUUGUCUUAAAUGUAAAUGGGAACAGAUGGGGGGACGAGGUGCAGAGUAGAUACCUUAACCCACAACAGGCCAAAGGAUCUGUGUGCGCAUCUGAUAAGAGAACGGACAGUGAUCUGCACUGCAUCAAAGACAUUAGCCUACCCAUGAUACUGCACAUACUCGAUCUAGAUGACAUGCAGAGGACGUUGAAGUUGAGUAGUGAUCAUGUCGUGAAUUCGCCCCGAUCGCUAAUGGAGGACAUUCUUUCAGCAGCCCAGCAGAGUGAGGACAAUAUGGUAGAUUGCUAUUGAGAAUAUACUGUUACAAUUUGAGACUUUUUUUUUUAGGGCCAUUUAAUAAAGAAUGAUGUACAGUCUG